CGCAGGGUAACGGGGUUCUUUCUGAGAUUUUCUGUUCCUCAUUAAUUAAAUCAAUUAAUCAAUCUCAGUCAGUCCCCCCCACUUCAAACAAACCUUCUUCUUUCCAUAAAAAGGCGGAGAUAAUAAAUUCCCCAAUUAAUCUUUUUUCUUCCUCCGUUUCCCAAUUGUUGGAUCCAUUCUCAUUCUUCUUCAAUUUUUCUCAAUUUAGUCUCUCACUUUUUGCUUCAACUACUUCAAUUUCUGUGCUGCUAUUUUUCUGUUUAACCUAAUUUUCUUCGUCACAUUUUUAUGGUCGUAACUCAUGGAUUUUCAUGAUCACCAUUAAAAAUAUGAUCAUCAAAUUGUGAAUGUGCUAUGAAUUGAUCUUAGAAAUUGUGAUUCUAAGCUUGAAAUUUGGAUCUCCAAUGGAAAUGGAGAGAGUUUUGAUUUGUUGGUUAGAAAUAUAGGGUUGGAUCCUAUUGAAGAAGAAGCAGCGCCAGAGAAUGGCGCUGUUCAGAAGAUUAUUCUAUAGGAAGCCACCAGAUCGCCUUCUUGAGAUCUCUGAAAGAGUUUACGUGUUCGACUGUUGUUUCUCCACAGACAUUUUGGAAGAAGUUGAAUACAAGGUUUACCUGGCUGGUAUUGUGGCCCAGCUCCAAAACCACUUCCCUGAUGCAUCUUUCAUGGUAUUUAACUUCAGGGAGGGAGAAAUGAGGAGCAAAAUUGCAGAUAUUUUGUCUGAAUAUGACAUGACAGUUAUGGACUACCCUCAGCAAUAUGAAGGGUGUCCUCUGCUACCGUUGGAGACGGUCCUUCAUUUCUUAAAAUCAAGUGAAAGCUGGUUAUCAAUUGAAGGGCAACAGAACGUACUGUUGAUGCAUUGUGAGAAAGGUGGGUGGCCUGUGCUGGCAUUCAUGCUUGCAGGCCUCCUGUUAUGUAGAAAGCAGUACACCGGGGAGCAAAAAACACUUGAAAUGGUAUACAAACAAGCUCCUAAGGAGCUCCUCCACCUCCUUUCUCCUUUGAACCCACAGCCUUCCCAUAUGAGAUAUCUCCAGUACAUUACUAGAAGAAGUCUUGGUUCAGAAUGGCCUCCCUCAGUUAGACCUUUAAUUUUGGGCUGUCUCAUUCUUAGAUUCUUCCCAAUAUUCAGUGUAAAAGGGGGUUGCAGGCCCAUAGUCCGUGUUUAUGGUCAGGAUCCUUUAUCUGAUACAAACAGGCGGAGUUCAAAACUUCUAUUUUCAACCCCCAAGAGAAAGAAGUACGUUCACCACUACUUGCAGAGUUCACCAGCUAAACUAGACAUUCAUUGCCUUGUUCAAGGGGAUAUCGUUCUAGAAUGCCUCCAUUUGGAUGAAGAAAUGAUACAGGAGGAAAUGAUGUUCAGGAUUAUGUUCAAUACAUCAUUCAUCCGAUCAAGUAUUAUCAUGCUGAACCGCGAUGAGAUUGAUCUCCUGUGGGAUGCCAAGGUCCAGUUCCCAAAGGACUUUAAAGCAGAGGUACUCUUUUCGGAUGCCGAUGCUGCUGGUUCUAACAGCAGCUCAGAAGUGGUUAGUGCAGAUGAGGGCGACACAGAAGACGCAGAAGAUGGUGAGACAGAAGGUGCACAUGAGGAGUUCUUUGAGGUGGAGGAUACUUUCAGCAAUGUAGAUGUAAUGGAGACAAGAGGGGAUUUUGAUAUUUUCGUAGAACAAGAAAGCACAUUGGAUGAGAUUGAUGUACAGGAAGGAGAGGCGGAUAGUGAGCCUGUCACAGGGCAAGAGCGCAUGUUAAGUGAUGGCGACAAAAUAAAUACUGAUUGCUUUAGUGUUCAAGAAGACGAAUUGGAUGAAGAGAAUCACAAAGAGGAAUGGAAGGAAGCUCCUGAGCUUCCAAUACUUCAUGACAGCACUGCGGAUGACGGCACUUAUGAUGUUGAAGCUAAGACAGUAAGCUCAGAUCUACAAUGCGAAAAAGAAACACAAGCUGAUGUGCACUGCAAGGUUGUGUCAAGUGUGGGAGAGCAGGAUCUGGAUAAUAUUGCUUCCCCAAAGAAUUUAGCAUCCAAGGAUAAUCAUCAAAACUCGGAAACUGAUCAUGGGCAGAGUUCACUGUCAUUCACCUUGGAGGGGAAUUCCCUUCCCAUUUCCAAACAACCGUCUGAUGCAUUGGUUGAAGUAAAAAGUAUCCAACACCAGGAAUCUGAGGAUGCUCCUAUAAAAUCAUCAACACCUAAUACUGCGCAGCAUAUGGAUCCUCUAAGCAACGUGUCUUCAUUAUAUCAUAAGGCAGCUUUAGUUGACGUUGCUCCACUUCCAGAAGACCUUAGUAUGGGGAAGACGUCAGAUGAUCUUCAUGUAACUCCAGUAGGCUUGACGAAUGUACAUGGUGAAGCUGCUAGUGUGACAACAUCUGUUUCUGCAGAAGAUAUAGUUAGUUUCUCUACACCGCCACCAUCUCCUUCUUCAGCAGUAACACGUGCUUCUCAUCCUCACCCCCCUCCUCCUCCACCACCACCACCUCUUCCAAGGCGGACUCAUCAUCCAUCUGGACCGCUCCAGUCUUCUCUUCUGUCCGCAGUUUCUCCAGCUCCUGGUAUAGACAAAACAGUUCAGAUGACUCGUCCACCUCUUUUAUCUGAGCGCCUAACUACACCACCAAUAUGUUCAGAGCCUCCACCGCAACCUCCACCGCCGCCACCACCUCCACCUCCAUCUCGUAGUGGAAGUUUGUCCUAUGUUUAUUCGCCUCCAAUUCCACCCCCACCCCGACCCCCACCACCACCACCACCACCACCUCAGGCCUUCUCUUUAGUUAGAGAUAGAAAUGGUUCUGAAUCUCUCUCCCAACUAGAUGGAGUAGUUUCGACGGCCCCUCCAGUUCCUCCAAAGCAAAGUAUUUUUGAAUCCGCUGAGUCGGUGACACCUCCUCCAUCAGUUUUGAGAGCUGGAUCAUCUUCAAAUGGGCUUAUGCUAGUGGUGACCUCAGCACCACCUCCCCCCUCCAAACCUCCACCUUUGCAUGGUUGUCAAGCUCCUCAACCCCUUCUCCACAUACGAAGAACACCACUUUCAGUUUCAGCUUCAAUUCCACCACCUCCUCCACCAAGUGGCUCACCCCCUCCCCGUCUUCCUCACCAAAUGCAUAUCACCCCGCCCCCACACCCUCCUGGUUCUAUGUCAGCACCCCCACCCCCUUCUCGUUCUAUACAUGUGUCACCACCUCCCCCACCUCCCCCACCUCCACCACGUCGUGUUACGCAUCCCUCCAGCGCACCAGCACCACCACCGCCACCAUUACUUUCUCCUCCCUAUGCGUAUGGGGUACCGAAUCCAGCUCUUCCUCAUGUGCAUUUAGCGCCACCACCGCCACCACCACCUCUACGUCCACCUCCUCUAGUUAACAAAUUGUCACCUUUAGCAGCUCCUUCUGGACAAGGGGAGCCACCACCUCCUCCAGUACAUGAAACACCACAUCUACCAGAUCGUCCUAUGCAAAUGGCACCACCACCACCACCUCCUCCUCCUCCACCAAAACACGGAGCUCCACCUCCGCCGCCUCCUCCUAUGCAUAGAGCACCACCUCCACCGGCUCCUCUUGUAUGUAACGUUCCACCUCCACCACCUCCUCCUCCUAUGUCCAGUGUUCCAUCUCCACCACCUCCUCCUAUGUCCAGUGUUCCACCUCCACCACCUCCUCCUCCUAUGUCCAGUGUUCCACCUCCACCACCUCCUCCUCCUAUGUCCAGUGUUCCACCUCCUCCUCCUCCUAUGUCCAGUGUUCCACCUCCACCACCUCCUCCUCCUCCUAUGUCCAGUGUUCCACCUCCACCACCUCCUCCUCAUAUGUCCAGUGUUCCACCUCCACCACCUCCUCCUCCUAUGUCCAGUGUUCCACCUCCACCUCCACCUCCUCCUCCUAUGUCCAGUGUUCCACCUCCACCACCUCCUCCUCCUAUGUCCAGUGUUCCACCUCCACCACCUCCUCCUCCUAUGUCCAGUGUUCCACCUCCUCCUAUGUCCAGUGUUCCACCUCCACCACCCCCUAUGCGUGGACCACCACCUCCACCUCCACCUCCAGGGUAUGGUACUCCACCUCCACCACCUCCUCCUAUGCGUGCACCACCACCUCCACCGCCACCCCCUAUGCUAGGAGCUCCGCCACCACCACCUCCUCCUAUGGGAGGAGCGCUGCCACCACCACCUCCUCCUAUGCGAGGAGCUCCACCACCACCACCUCCUCCUAUGGGAGGAGCGCCGCCACCACCACCUCCUCCUAUGGGAGGAGGGCCACCUCCUCCUCCUCCAGGUCGUGCACCAGGUGCUCCUGCUCCACCAAGACCUCCAGGUGGUGCUGCGCCUCCACCCCCACCCUUUGGUGCCAAAGGAAAUGCAAUCGGUUCAAGUAUGAAUGCAAGAGGUUCGUUAGGAGGACGUGGACUUGCACGCCCUGCAGCUACAGCACCUCGUAAAUCAUCACUAAAGCCAUUGCAUUGGAGUAAGGUCACACGAGUAGUAAAAGGGAGCUUAUGGGAAGAAUUACAAAAACACGGGGAACCUCAAAGUGUAUCUGAGUUUGAUUUGUCAGAAAUUGAAAAACUCUUCUCUGCUGCGGUUCCAAAUAAAGCUGACAAAGGAGGAAAAUCUGGAGAGAAAAAGAAUUCUGCUGGAUCCAAACCAAACAAAGUCACCUUGGUUGACCUACGUCGGGCUUACAACUGCGAAAUCAUGCUCACAAAAGUUAAGAUACCACUUUCUGAUUUGAUGCCUGCAGUACUGGCACUGGAUGAAUCUAUUUUAGACGCUGAUCAAGUGGAAAAUCUUAUUAAGUUUUGCCCAACGAAAGAGGAGAUGGAACUUCUUAGGAAUUACACUGGUGACAGGGAAAAUCUCGGAAAAUGCGAACAGUUUUAUUUGGAGUUGAUGAAAGUUCCACGGGUGGAGUCUAAGUUAAGAGUUUUUUUUUUCAAGAUACAGUUUGGUGCUCAGACUACAGAUUUUAGAAAGAGUUUAAUGACAGUGAAUUCUGCAUGUGACGAGGUUAGAAAUUCCGAGAAGCUGAAAGAUAUCAUGAGGAAAAUUCUUUGGCUUGGGAAUACAUUAAAUCAAGGAACUGCAAGGGGUUCUGCUGUAGGAUUUCGAUUGGACAGUCUUCUCAAACUUACUGAUACUCGUGCUUCUAAUAGUAAAAUGACACUCAUGCAUUUUCUUUGUAAGGUACUUGCCAGUAAGUCUCCGGGACUUCUAAGUUUCCAUGAGGAUCUUUUCAACCUGGAGGCAGCAUCAAAGAUACAAUUGAAGUCCUUAGCAGAAGAGAUGCAAGCUAUUGUCAAAGGUUUAGAAAAGGUUAAACAGGAGUUGAAUGCAUCUGAAAAUGAUGGUCCUGUGACAGAAGGUUUUCGUAAGACAUUGAAAGAGUUUAUUGGUACAGCUGAAAAAGACGUUAACUCGUUAACAUCUCUAUACGCAGGAGUGGGUAGAAAUGCAGAUGCUCUUGCCCUUUAUUUUGGUGAAGACCCUGCCCGUUGCCCUUUUGAACAAGUUACUGCAACUCUACUCAACUUUGUGAGGUUGUUCCGAAAAGCACACGAGGAGAACUGUAAACAGGCUGAGAUGGAGAAGAAGAAAGCCGAAAAGGAAGCUGAGAUGGAGAAGGCAAAGGGUGUUAACCUAACAAAGAAAAGUGCAGAACAUAGCUAAGAUGGUUUUCUUCAUACUCCCACAUGGAACUCAAGUUCCCACCGCUGCCUGUGCCCAAAGAUCGCGAAGCUUACACUGCUGCCACAGGCUUGCAGAUUACUGCCAAGGUUAUCUAAUUGGUAAGCUUUCUGUGAGGAUGCAAGAUAAUGGCCACAAGGGAGCUACUCUGAUAUAUUGAUGACUGUGAAAUAGGUCAUGAAGUGCAUAUAUAUUACACAGACACACACGUAGGAAAGGGUGCACACAAUGAAUGAACCCUUACAAGGAGAGAUGGGUAUGGUAAUGACCCAACUGCAUUUGUGACCAUAAUCAGUCUCUUGCAUCAGUGUGGACAUCCAGAGGAAAUGUCCAAUGGUUCUUAUCCCAAGUUUAGAAAUGCCUAUCGGAUCGACGGGACCAAAGAUAUUGGACGGUUGGGACCAGAGAUAUUGGAUGGUUCCCUUGGAGGUUCCAUAAAAUGAUCUGAUCUGCCUCUAUUCUGGAUUUACAAAGCGAAAUAGGUUGAUUUUAGGUCCCAUACAUAAAAAUCUGCCAUUUUCAUUGUGACUGAACAUGAGGUUACCAUGCUUCGGUAGAUACUUUUGAGAAACCAAAGAUUACCUUCAACUGUAAAGCACAAAUUAGGAUUAUCUCUUCUAACACUGUACAGAGUUCUAACCUUCCUUCCCCUAGAGAAUUUUUUUCAUGUAACAUAGAGUGUGGUUCUUUGGUUAAUCAAAAUUGACAGGAGACAAUGCAAGAAGUCUCUGUAUAAAGUUAAAGAUAGUGGAAGAAAUGAGAAUGGAAGUUUUAGGUGUUUUAGAACAGUUAAGAAAAGGUUCGUAGGAGAUGAUCAGAUAUGCUGUAGAAAAUUACUUGUUUCUUUAGUCUCCUUCUGUAACUUGUCGAUCUUUUUUACAAAAUUUUGUUAGAUUUUUACCCAUGUAAAACAAUGUGGGCACACAUGCUAUAAUAGAUUUUGUUCAUUCAGUUA